GGCUCGCUGAAAAAGCGCAAUAUCCAACCUGUUUUAUAUCCCUACGAAUAAAAUCACGUGAGGCACUAUCCGGUUUGGCUGAAUGAGCGCCCAAGGAAAGUCCGCGCUAAAAUGCCUCUUUUGGAACCUAGCUUGCUGCUUGGAACACUCUGCGGUUCUUGUUUUCAAACAGAUAACGGCUUUGCUGCUCAACCAUUUCGCAACCAACGGCACCCGCUGGUUGGCUGGACGGCGCCUGUUUUAUAUCAGAUUGUCGCUGGCGCGCACAGCAAAGGCUGCUGUUGUCCUGCUGCUGCCGUCUGGUUGGAUCUUCGGUUGGAAGCUCGGUGGAUGGUGCUCCGAAUCUGAUGAAAGGGUGGCAACGAAAGCGGCCAACAACGAAAGAGUCGCUCAACCCGCCGGGCUUUGCACAACGUAAUCUGCUGAAAGCAGAGUGCCGGUGCUUCAAUAGAUUCGGACUUGUACAGCGCACAUUGUUUCUGAAUGCACAG